UCUGAUGUUCUGGACCGACUGGGGGGACAGAGCGGCCGGUGUUUACCGGAGCUACAUGGACGGAACCAAUGUGUCCUGCAUUGUGUCGGAGGGCGUCCGCUGGCCCAACGGGAUCACAGCUGACGACCACUGGCUGUACUGGACCGAGGCCUACAGCGACCGCAUCGAGAGGGCCGACUUCAUGGGGGGCCAGAGGACUGUUCUCAUUGGGGGGCUGCCCCAUCCGUAUGCCAUUGCAGUCUUCAAGAAUGACCUGUACUGGGACGACUGGUCCAGGAUGGGGAUCUUCAAAGCUCCAAAGGCGGGUUCCCAGAGCAACGAGCUGAUUGUUGGCAGACUCACCGGGGUCAUGGACCUCAAGAUCUUCUACAAGGGGAAGAACAGGGGUCACAACGCCUGUGCUGACCACCCGUGCAGCCUGCUGUGUCUGCCUCAGCCCGGCCAUCGGCACACCUGCGUCUGCCCCGACGGAGCUCCCACCAUCACCAUGCCUAACGGAGAGGUGCAGUGCCAGUGUCCCACUGGAUACCUGAUGAAAAACAACACCUGCAUCAAGACGG